UUUAAGUUGGGUUGAUUAUGGAAAGCUAUGAGGAGAACAAUAAGAGCAAUCGUGGCUGUAACUUGCGGGUUUUGAAUUUGCUGGACCGGCGGCGUUUAGCUCCUCUGAGUUUUAAUAGGGCCGGAAGCCGUGGCGCCAAUGUAAGUGACGAGCUCGAUGCUAUCGUUGCUAGAAAUUUGUUGUAUCGGAAGCUUCCUCAACAGCAUCUCCUUAAUCUCUCUGUUCUAAAGCUCGACGGUUCUCUCUUUGAUGUUAAUGUAGGAAGGAAAGCUACAGUUGUAGAGCUGAAGGCAACAAUAGAGGAUCUUUUUGCAUCAUUGCCAGGGGAAACUCAUGGCAGUAUUUCAUGGUCACAUGUUUGGGGGCACUUUUGCUUGUCUUUUGAAGGUCAGAAGCUGGUUAACAACAAGGCUUGCAUUAGAAAUUUUGGGAUCAGAGAUGGUGAUCAGCUUAAAUUUAUAAGACACAUGUCUGUCAACCAAUCACCUAUAAGAAGACGUUUAAAACACCAUUGUGUUCCCUACAAAUGCUUGCCAUCAGGAUCAAGUUAUCAUCAAGAGAAACAGCAGAAUGCUGUGAAUUACAAUGACGAGGAUGAAAUCCAAGAGUAUAACCCAUCUGCCAUCAUUACGAAGAGGAGGAGGAAAUUCAUCUUCCAGAGUUCAAGUUAGCCCAUUUCUUGAGAGGAUGGCUCUCAUACACCAGAUUGUGGGGUCUUUCUAGAAAGGGAUCAGAGGGCCGGCAUCAUCCUCCAAGACUCUCCCUGCAAUGCUGAUCCACAAUGAUUGCCUAAAAUGGUGAUGGCUUCCGCACUGCAUUGUGCCAUUGGUCUGAAAUUUUGUUUCUUGAUGUUCUGUAUCAGACAAUCUUGAUGCCAUUAGAGUCAAUCACUGAUCAGGAUUAGUUUAAUAUAAAUGGCUUUCAAGCUGUUCUAUAUUAAUUUUAUCAUAAUGGUAGUCGAUUUUGACUUUUUGGUCUGUAAAAGACCUUAAUCGAUUAAGA